AUGGUCAUCGUCAGUCUUAAAGGACAAAGGAAGUAUUCCAGAAGCAACACAAAUGGAGGGCUUACCAGAAUUUACCAGACAGUGAAUCCUCUAAGGUGCAAGACAGCAUGCAACAUUUGGCAAACUAUAAUGCUUGAGGAUUUCCAGAUUGCACAUGCUAUGGUGGCAAGCUCAGAAAACAAAUUCACUCUCCAAACCAAGGAUUGUGCAUUCCUAAGGAAGCAAUGCCUAAGUGAUGCAAGUGGAUGUGAACAUGCGUGGAGAAAAAUGGAGGACAGCUGCAAUGCUUCAGGUGACCCCUGCAAGAUAAGUAACUCAUCACACUGCAACCUGAGUAUUCAAUCUUUGGUAGAAAGCAAUUCCCAAUUUGAAGAGUGUGUCUGCACUGAUGACUUUGAUUGUACUGUGAACAAUUUUCUUGGAAAAAAAUGCGUCAAUAAAUCAGAUAAUGUGAAAGACUAUAAUAAAUUAAAAUGGAAUCUGACUACUCCUUUCCACUAUGGAUUCAAAGGGAUCUGGUCCUGUUUGGAAGUGACAGAGGCGUGUGUAGGCGAUGCAUUCUGUAAUGCACAGUUGGCCCCUUACCUUAAAGCAUGCUCAACAAUUGAAAAUCUGUGUGAUGUGAAACACUGCCAAACAGCCAUACGGUUCUUCUAUCAAAAUAUGCCUUUUAACAUUGCCCAGAUGUUGGCUUUUUGCGACUGUGCUCAAUCUGAUAUACCUUGUCAGCAGUCCAAAGAAGCUCUUCACAGCAAGCUAUGUGCAGUGAACGUAGCCCCACCCCCUACUUGCCUCGGUGUAAUUCACAGCUGCCAAAAUGAUGAAUUAUGCAGGAGGCGCUUUCGAGCAUUUCAGUCAAAGUGUUGGCCCCGUGUGGCUGGAAAGUGUCAUGAAGAUGAGACUUGUAUUAGCAUGUUGAGUGAGCAGGACUUCACAUGUGCAGGAAGUGAUGAUUGCAAAGCAGCCUACCUAGGUAUCCUGGGGACAGCUCUGCAAGUGCCAUGCACCUGCAGGACCACUACACAAAGUGAGGAAUCUCUUUGCAAGACUCUCCAGCACAUGCUUCAAAGAAAAUCAUGUUUCAAUUAUCCAACUCUUUCUGAUGUCAAAGGCAUGGCACUAUAUAAAGGAGAGCAUGAAAAGGAGCUUACUCUAGCUGGAUUUCCUUCCCCGUUCAGUGGAGAAGUCAUCUAUGCUAUCCUGGGCAUGGCAGUCACCUGUGGAAUCCUUUUCUUGGUUAUGCUCAGCCUUAGAAUCUCCAGGCUAUUGAGUGAAGAAAGAAAUCCUCCAGCAAUCCAAAUACCUGGAGCAGUCAUCGUUCACUAAGAGCAAUGGAUCAUUAACAAUCACUUU